AAAAAUGGCGACACCCAGAAAUCAGCUUGUUGCUGCUGGUUUUAUCAUUUUUCGAAGAUUACAAGCAGAAGUACAAUACCUCUUCCUACAAACAUCAUACGGUGAACACCAUUGGACACCUCCAAAAGGACAUGUUGAUCCAGGAGAGUCAGAGAUGGAGACUGCACUCAGAGAAACACACGAGGAAGCUGGCCUUUCAAAAGAACAAUUCACAAUAGUUGACAAUUUCAAAGAUGAGCUUUUAUAUGAAGUUAGGGGCAAGCCAAAGAGAGUUGUUUAUUGGAUUGCAGAACUAAAGAAUCCUGAGACACCUAUUAAACUUUCAGAUGAACAUAUAAAAUAUGACUGGGUAAACUAUGCCAAUGUAAAUAACUAUGCUCAAUGGGAUGAUAUGAAAUUAACAAUGAAACGAGUACAUCAAUUCAUUAAUGAAAAGCUAUUAGUGUCAAAUUAGCCUAAUUGACUUGCAUGUAAAUGUAUCAGAUCCCAGGACAAUAAAUAUUAAAUACUCAAGCAAUAGUCAUUCACCGCAAAAUUUCCAUUAACGUGGCUUAAAACCCCGUUUCAUGGAGACACUCGGUAAAAUUACGAUUUCUCUGCACCAUGAUGUCCAAUCAAGAUCAUUUGAGUACCUACAGUAUGUGUUCCUGAGAUGUCUGGUCAUCUGCUAAUGACAACGGUUAUCUACUGUAUGAAAGCUAUAUUGACGUAAUCUAUGACUGAAAUUGGGAUGACAAAAUUUGAGAAAACUUUUGCUUGUGAAAACUAUUUACAAAAGUUUUCCAGAGACUCAGUCUACUUGGCUAAGGUUUUA